AUGUGUGAGUAAUUGUUUAAAAUUAACUUAGGAUUGUAUCCAAAAAAGCCCAUUUUCAGCCUUUAUUAUCUAUGUUGUUUUCAGGUGAGGUUUAAGAGUUAUAAAAAUUGAUGUCCAAAGACAAAGCAAUAAUAAAAAACCCAAUAUCUGAUAAAUUUAUCAAAAAUAUAAAUUGA